UCUCCUCCUCUCCUCUAGAUCUGCUGCUGCUCUCUCUCUCCCUCUCUCUCUUUCUCACUGUCCUUCACUCACAUGCGCACACUCACUCACUUCAUCCUUUCUUUGUGUUUGCUACCUCUUCCAUCUCUCAUUCUCUUCAUUACCCUAUGCAACGCUCUCUACCAGAUAAUGGGACUGACUUUUUGGGAGUGAGUGUGUGAGUGCACUGCUUUGCAUUUGUGUGAAUGUGUGUGUAUGUGUGAGUCUUUGGUCUGGGUGUGAGCGGAUGUGGGAUCUGUAUGAAACCUCUUUCCUGCCAGCCCAACGGAUCCAGUGAGCCAGCUAAGCAAACCAGUCGUGAACGGAGCUGGGCAAGUGUGUGAGUGUGUGUGUAUGUGGGUCUCAUUCUCCCACACACAGUCCUCCACACACUUGGGAUCCUAGGGUUCGCUGCCUGUCCCCCAGGACCCCCUACUAUACUCUGUCUAUCUUUCUCUCUCUGCGGACUCCUCUUCUCCAGCAGUCACCAUUUCGACUCCCGGCAGACCCACGCUGGCUGCCCAGCCACUCCCACGCCUCAGCCUGGGCAGGAAGACCCUGGUGGUGGCCGCUGUAGGGGUCAUGCUGGUGCUGGUGCUGGUGGUGCUCAUCCCCGUGCUGGUCAGCUCCGUGAGCAAUGACAACAGCCACUAUGAGAUGCUGGGCACCUGUCGAAUGGUGUGCGACCCCUACCAGAACAAGGGCACCACCACGGGCAUCGCCAGCACUGGCUCUUCUGUGCAGGCCGAGGCCGAGGCUUUGGCCGAUCAUGGCAACAUGCCUCCACCCUCCACGCUCCUCCAGGGGCCACAGGGGAAGCCGGGCCGGCCAGGCAAACCCGGACCUCCGGGGCCACCAGGGGAGCCAGGGCCCCCAGGUCCAAUGGGGCCCCCGGGGGACCGGGGGGACAGGGGCCGAAGCGGGGUUCUGGGUCUGGGCAAUGAUGGAGCUAUCAGCACAGUUACGUACAACACGCAUCCACGAGUGGCUUUCUACGCGGGACUUAAGAACCCACACGAGGGCUAUGAGAUCCUCAAGUUUGACGAUGUGGUGACCAACCUUGGCAACAACUAUGACGGUGGUUUGGGAAAGUUCAUCUGCGGUGUACCAGGCACAUAUUUCUUCAUCUAUCACGUUUUGAUGAGGGGAGGCGAUGGAACCAGCAUGUGGGCUGACCUGUGCAAGAACGGACAGGUACGAGCCAGUGCGAUCGCCCAAGACGCUGAUCAGAACUAUGACUACGCCUCUAACAGUGUGAUUCUGCAUCUAGAAGCGGGCGAUGAAGUCUACAUCAAACUGGAUGGUGGCAAAGCCCAUGGAGGCAACAACAACAAAUACAGCACCUUCUCUGGCUUCAUUCUUUACGCCGACUGAAUUUGAGGGGAAAACGUGGAAAAGAAAGAGACGUAGUGAAAGGAAAAAAGUUAAGGACAGAGCAUUCAUAAUCCCAGCUCUUGAUUUUUUUCAGGAUCUCUCCAUCGCUUCAACACACAUCUUAAAAGUGCAGUUUCCACAGCUGAAAAUAUUUGACUGACUGAACUGAAAGAGACUCGACAGAACGAGGGUUCAGUUUCUUCUCUCUGAAUCACCUUAUUGAUUGGGAAAAGAUGAGGAAACAAAGUGAUACAAAUCACAUUUUUCUCUUUCGGUGUUGAAAGACAAUUUCUUGUUUUAAGACUUCAGGAGUGACUGGCUGAGACCUUUUCCCUCAUCAUUGUGUGCUUCUCCUUAGUAAAGAUUUCUCUUCACCAACAGAUAUCUAUUGACAAAAGGAGAAUGUUAAAAAUAUCCCUAACACCCUGUGUAGUAUGUUACUAUUGCAGGCUUAUGAAAGAUCAAAUAAGUUGUAGUUGCAAUCAGAUUUCAGAUAAUUAAAAAUGCUUGCAUUCUCCUGUAUUCUACAUUUGAGCACAACAUCCCCUGUUGGCUGUUGUUGGUAACUGAGAUUCUUUGUGUAUGUGUUGUUCUCUGUUAAGACUGAGACUGAUGACUGUUGUGGAUGAAUGUUAUUCCUUACAAGCACUUAAAACAAUUGAUACUCUGAUACCUGAUGUCACUCCCUUGCCUUGACUCUUUUCCUCCCUUGUCAAUUAGCACUCUACCCUGAAGUUCCCUCUCUCACCCACAUCCUGCCCCCCUGUGCUCUUAAGGAAACGGCAGAAGAGUUCAUUCACUUUCAUAUGAACAUGAGCAACAGUUAUUGAAGGCACAAAGGAUGUUUAAGUAUGUUUUAGGAUUAUUUAACACACACUAUCACACUUGCGAUAGACAAGAAACCAUUGAUGGGCAUUUUUGAAAUUCAAAUCAAAUUCCCAAAUAUAAAAAACCUGUUUACAUGUCAAACCUGUAUAAAUAUCUGCAACUAGGGCUGCAAAUAAUGAUUAUUUUGAUAAUCGAUUAAUCUUCGAUAAUUUUUGUCAAAUUAAUCCAAUGUUAAAAAUAAUAAUAUUAAUAAUUUGAAUAAAAUAAUUUUCUGUAUUUUAUUAAAAUUUAUUUUAAAAAUGAAAUCAAAAAGGGCAAGAGUAUUUGGUUCGAUUUACGGUACUGAAUUCAACUACACGAUUCUAUACUCCCACAAAACUUUGAACAAAGCCCGAAUCAUGAAAGUUAAGUUUGAAUUUAUUAUUAUUAAUAUUAUUAUUUCUUUCAGGACAUAUGCAAAACAGUUCCUUUCCUUUACUAGUAAAGCUUAACAAAAUGUACUAUUCAUUAAUGAGUAAAAUUAUCCAUCAGGGAUGGAGUGGGACAAACAAUCAACCAAGCAGAGGGCAAAAUGACACCAGAAUAAAAAUAUGAAUAAUUCUGCGCAGAUGAAAUAUUGUAAGUUUAAAAAAAGUAUAGUCUCUCAUUACUUUUUUGUAAACUAUUCUUUUCGAGAAACAUUUUUAAUGGUAGUGCAUGCUUAUCCAGUAACUGUAUACAUUUACUGGGGAAAUCAGACAUUGCAUUUGGCAUUAUCAGGACUAUCAAAUAUUAGGACCCUUAGCAUUAUUACAAAUUAUAUAAAGUACAAUCAUCAGAUUCACUCUUGUGCUGAAAAGUAUCAUUUUUGUCUAGACAUAAGCUCAUUGUAUUGUAUGCGCUUACAUGAAGAGAAGAAACCAUCUUAAACACUUAAAAAGCUGACACACUUGGACCUCUGAGACAUUGUGACAUCUAUGAAAACUGCAUCAUUGAUUACAUUGAAACGUAGUAUGAUGUUGCACACGUGUAAUCAAUAUGAUUGCACUGCCUUUCUCAAUCGGUUGACGCGGAGGCGUGCACUUGCAUGCUCGGUAAAGUUGAACGGAGACUCGCUUGUGGUAGACAAAUGGUUUUGAGAAAUGGAAAUGCAUGCCUGAUUUUGAAAUCAUAACAUGUAUACAUUACAAAACAUAGACAAAAUGUAAGUUAUGCUUUGUAGAGAAACAAUUUUUAAGUUCAUGAAACAGCACAACCCUUCUUUCAAUGCACCUGAUGCAGCGACCGCUCCACAUUAAACUGUAUGCUUAUUAUGAUCUUCUUUGAAGUGGUUAUAAAGUACUCUAGUGCGAUGGGCAUCUUGGGUCAUGUUUUUCCCGCUUCAACUUGAUUUCGUUGUUUUUCAAAGAGUUUCAUCAUGAAACACAUUAUUAACUGGGCUGUAAAGUGACGUCAAUGACGGAGCUUAUCCGUGCACGCUGCAAAUAUCCAACUAAACGGUAAUGAAAUUAGUUGUCAACAAGUGUGUAGACCCCCAUAACCCCCCCCCAUCACCCCUGGAAUCUACACCCCUGGUUGUCAAUGAUUUUCAUUAUCGAUAAUUAUCGUUUUUAUCGAUUAGUUGUUGCAGCCCUAAAUAUCUCGUUGUCAUAGCUAUGCUAUUUUAUAGCAGCUAGUUGCUUUCUGUAUUUAGAAACAUGAAUAUGUUGUCAUAUUCAGAGAGCACUGCCAUUGGGCUUUGGAUUGAGAGUUGUCAGCAAAUUUUUAUACACAUUAUAUGGUAAAAUUCUCAUGUCAGAACUGUUUGCUACAAGUGUAUCUGGGGGGUAAAAAAAGGGCAGAGAGGAGUAGAGUUGCUCAUUUAUUCCUGAGUAGAGUCACUCAUUUAUUCCUGAUAAGAAUUGCAAAAACGUGCAGUGAGAAUACUUGUGCGACUUUUUUUUUCUGAUGCGGCAAAUUGAUGCUGGCAAAUGAGGUUUAUUUGUAUGUGUGCCCGUGUGUCUGUAAGGAUGAGCGUGUGUGUGUAUCAGUACCAACACCAGAGCAUGAACUGUAUUUCGUCUUUGCCACAUUAUUGAUUUGAGAAAUGUUAGCCAGUCAAAGAUGUGAUAUAGAGCCAAUGAGAUUGCAUCAGACACGUUUAGCUAAGCCUCUACAGAGAAGAUAUAAUUCAACAAUAAAGUUGUAAAUUAAAUAAAUAUAUGCUAUGUUUGUCAGUCCUACUCUUUUGGAAAUGUUGAAUACAUUUAAAUAACAAAUGGGACUUUCAGAGUC